AUGGACAGCGGAACCUGGUAUUACACGGAUUUCGAUCGAAGCAUUUCGUUGUCUGGGAUGAGACCAACCAGACCCAAACUUCGGCAGUCGAGUGUGGCGGCGCACACAGAAGCUGGUACAUUCAACUACUACGAGCAGUCUGAAUCCGACCACAAAGUCAUCCUCAAAGGUGGGCACGGCCGUGAGAUCAAAGCACUUGCUGUCCAAAAGCCUGAGAAGCAUCGCUGGCUGAUAGCUACAGGCUCGGAGGAUACAGACAUACGACUCUUCGAGUAUAUUCUCGGUAAUGCUGGUGGAGGUGAAAUCAAAAAUACCUGUGUGCUGCGGAAACACACAACUGGCCUCCAGGCCCUUCGCUUCUCAUCUGACGGAAGCACGUUAAUCAGUGCAGCCGGCAUGGAGGAGAUGUUCGCUUGGACGCUCUCCCCAUUACCUGUCAUAAAUCAAGGUGUCGUGUUUGCUGGCUCGUUGCCAAGUACAGACCGGCACUCCGACGCCAGGAUCAUGAGCUUCGACAUUUCUAUUGCAAGCUCCAAUCUCGGCUCUGUCAGGCUGUUUAUUGUGGCCGCAUUCUCGAACGGCAAAGCCAAGCUCAUUCAAUAUGACAAUCCAGGCGAAACAGGUAAUUUCGUUGUUCUUAGAGAGCUGGAUUUUGGUAUGAUUUGCUUAACCCAGGCGUACAUGUGGUUGGAGCAGCGUACGGAAACCAACACUAUGGAAGGGAUCAUAUCUGCAACAAAUGGACAGAUCGCGAGAUACUGUAUCUCGUCCCCACCUCACGAGUAUUCGAACUCUCCAGCCCCAGCUCUACAAGCUGCAAAUACCUCAAUCCAAUCUCAAUGGCAACACAAGGUGCAUCAAAACAGCAUUACGGCUUUACACAAUGUUCAUCUUAAUUCAGGCCACGAUUUGGUUGUCACAGGAGGAGAUGACAACGCUCUCGCUUUCACAAUCGCCUCACGGAUGCAUGAAACCGACAAGGAAAUGCCCGAAACAUUCCGCUAUCGCAGCCUAAUAAUCCCCAAAGCCCACGCUGCUGCAUUGACCGCCUUGACCAUCAUAGAGCUCGGUUGUGACGCAGAAGAACGAAGGGUUUUUGUAGUCAUAACCGCUGGCAAUGAUCAGCGCGUUCAGACGUGGCUGGUCAAGAUCAUCCUAUCAGCGCUACCUACCAUGGGAGAAGAGAACAGCCACGCAAGCACUACUAGCAGCACAGCUAUAUCACUCGAUCUGGUAGAACUCAUUCAGAUCGACUUUCUCGCAGAGCAAUACACGAAUGUUGCAGAUAUCAGUAAUCUGGCAGUCAUGUCUGCUGAAUUUCCGAGCGGAAAGGCGCAGGUACUCGUUGUGGGAAUAGGUAUGGAGACUGUCGAUGUGGUAUUGCCGGUGGUUGAUCAAUGCAACAUCAAUACGUGA